AUGGCUGAUGAGAUUCUCCGCAAUUCGGCGGCUCUGAAUGCUCUGAAAAGACAUCAGCUAGUCUCUUUGUCCAAGAGGUAUGGAUUGAAAGCUAGUGGAAAGAAUGUCGAGAUGAUCCAAAGGUUAGAAGAUUAUGCUAUAAACCAUGCCAACGAUCUCGACUUUUAUAUCCCUUCACCAGCUCCUACCCCAGGUACUAACAUGCUAUCGGCGCUGCCUCCGUUCGAACCAGCCACACCACUGGCUUCUCAUACAGUCCAGUCUUUCAACAAUCUCCAUUCUCUCGCUCCUACUCCUCUCAAUCGCAAAGACUCGAUGAUGAGCGUACAAUCAAGAGCAUCUGAUGCAUGGGAGAUGUUAAGCGAGAGUGGAGCCAGUCUUAUCUCGCCGAAGAAACAGGGUGGAAUGAUCAAGUCAAGCAGUUGUAGUAGUUGGAAAAGUGCGACCAAUGGUGAAGCUAUGAGCGAGUUUGGAGGUCACCACAACGAGAAAGUAUCUUCGACCAGCUCGAUGAAAGCUCUGGCUACCUCACUCACCCGACGUGGAUCUAAAAUCCUACUGGGUAGAAGCACUUCAGCAUCAUCUCAUCUCAGCCAAGCUGCCGAACCCGAACCUGAGCCUCAGCCUGAAACUGAACCAGGUCCAGUGGAAGAAGUCGUCGAAUCGCUACCUCCCUCACCAGCAUCUACCGUUGGUGUUCCCCGAAGACAUUCUCGAAUCACCUUGUUAGAAAGACCAAGCACAGUCCGACUCUGUUCGCCUACACCUACCUCGCCCAAAUUUGAUCCGCAAUCCGAUCAAGAGGAUGAAGAACUUCCAUUCUCCGGUAAAGCCAAAAACGUUCAUAACCUGAAAGAACGUAGAUCCAUGGCACCAAUCAGAUCAAGCAUUGGUUCAACGACAGCUCUCUCUCAGAAUGGACUCGGUCGAAAAUCAUUGCCAGCAUUAUCAGGUAUGACGUCGGCAAGUGUAACAUCUAUCUAUCCACCGCUUCCGGUCCUUCUCCCACAAUUUAUGAAAGCUACUUCGCCGCCUGUACAGACUGUCCCAGGGUCAUUCCCUCCUCUCCCUCCCACACCCAGUCGAAUGGUGUUUGGAUCGCCAACCGAUGCUGGAGUAAGCAAUCAACAAUUCUCUGAAGCUGCUCAGGCGAUCUUGAAAGAGAUGAAUUCUAAGUUACCUGGAGGAGUUGUAUUCGGAGAAGAGCUUUUGAAAGGCAGAAAAGCCGAGAUGGACAAAUUAGUCCAUGUCAAUAAGCAGUUGGGAACUGGUGGAUGGGGCUUAAGUAGCAGUACAGGUAGUACUGAUAGGUUUGCUGAAGCGCAUCACAAGGAAUUCUCCAAAAUGCGAUCAAUCUCCAAAACGUCGCUUGCACCCAAGCCUAGUGCAUCACGACAAAUCUCAUCUUCUUCUGUUGCUCAACUCUCGACAGCUCCUACGGUUCAAACGAAGCGCAAACAUGAGCUCACUACUUCGACCUCGAGUGCACAUCUCAUUCCUUCUGCCCCCAGCGGCGCUCCUUUGACCGCGACAUUAUUCAAUGAAGACGGACGGCAUGCCAAGAGGUCUCGACUGUCUAACGGUCCAAACUAUCUAGGAUCCCUUCGAGAGGCAGGUAGAAGCAUCGCUAAUUUGCUUGGCGAGGAGAAAGGCAAAAGCACGGAUGAUAUGAUGAAGGUCAUGAAGGAAAGAAGGGAUAAGAGAAGAUCGAGCUUGCUCAGGAAGAAAGGACGUGGUCUUUCCUCCAGAUUUGGGUUCCUUCGUAACAAGAAAUCAAUGGCUCUUCCACCAGCCAUGCCUACUGCUCCUGCCGUAUCAUCACCUCCUGUGCCGGCACCCACGAUGUCUAGGAAAACCUCUGUUUAUGCGCCUCGAGAUCCCCCGCAUGGAAGAAUCCCGUUCGAUCUCGAAGCUUCUUUGGCUAGAAAGCCGACUGCUUCUCGUCGAAGAUCGACUGAUUUGACAAAUGUGAUCAAGCCCCAUCCCGAGGUUCUGGAAGAUAUCCGAUCACCGACUUCACAGGCCGUCCCCAAGGGACAGAAGGAUAGAGGUAGAUCAACAUCCGCCCAAACAGUCCUAAGCCAGAGUAGCUCUCAAGCACCUCGACGAGCGCGAAUACCAGACUUUGCUCCACCUGCCGGUAUGCACAAAGCUGCCUCUGGAUCGACUAAUACUCUGGGCUUACCUAAGUCGACAUCGGUCUCCUCAGGUUUAGCAAUGUCAAAGAAAGCUUCUCAAGCUGAGAUUAUCCGAAAUGCUCGACCUGCCCCGCCUCCUCCCCCGCCUUCGGCUUUCGAAACUCCUCGUGUGGGUGGAUCAUCAACUCGGCCGGUAUCCAUCAAUCGAUCAUCAACAUUGUAUCUACCUACCGCAUCGAGUCUCGCUAGAAUGCAAGCGACCAUCAAACCCAAUCCUGAUAGACCAUUACCUAUGCUUCCUCCUCCCGCGCACCAUCAUCCUUCCACGCCCAGGAUUACCAGUACGGUCCAACCGUUUGGAUCAGCUCAAUCGAGGAAUAAUCAAUCUUUCACUUCGAAUUUCAACAUGUCUAAGCCUGCUCCUACGACCUUGAAACCCAGGACAUCCCAAAGUGCGAUCGGUAAAUCCCAAUCUACCGCUGCUGCUCGAAUUAGAGCUAGGCAAUCUGGUCUCAGUGCUGUCAAGUCCAAGAGUAAUUUGCGAGAGGACAUGGAAGUGAAAAGGAAAAGAUCGGAGAUAAAAGCUAGGAUGGAAAGGAGGGAGGAAGAGAAGGAACUGAGAGAGAUGUUGGGUGAUGUAGCAAGAUAA